CUAAGUUGCUGCUUGUCCUCCUCAUCACAGAAGAUUAAAUUGAGGCUUCCACUCCGUUGCUGCUAGUGAGGCCAGCCUGAGAUGACUAGUGGCACAAUCGUGGCGCUGCUGCGUUAGAAAACCAACUUCUUGCAUCUUUGCCACCCAAACUCCUUAAGAGUUCACCACUCCAGCCGCUUCACCAUCUUCAAGUAGCCAUAACCCAGCCACUGCAACUCCACGCACGGAAACCAACAGGUCACUGUAACGCUAGAGGAUCCUUGCCGCCAGCCACUGCCUCGAACGAGAUCUCCUAUGCACGUCAGAAGACACAAGCAGCCAUCACACUCUAUUUUUGACCCCCCAAAACAGAGUAAGAUCUCCUUGUUCCCCCAGUUUUUCAACCCCGUUACAGGAUGGGAAACCACCCAGCCAACCACAAAUUGCCGUCCGAACACUCUUCGUCAACCAUCAUCAGCACGUGGGUCUCUCUCUCAUCACUCUAUCUCUCUGUACUCAGCCGCCCAGCCGCCUUCCACCUCCCUACUCUUCGCACAACUCCUUACCGCACGGUUGUGACAUUGCUACUCUUCGGGUUCAAAGCUCAGGUGGUAUACCGCAAAAGUCAGGACCUUUCGGCUGGGGAUCAUUUGUCAGCUUAUAGAGGUGCGUGGGUAGAUUCAUUUCGCGAGUUCUGUAACUUCUGUUUCGGCUUUUAUCUAGUGUUCAAUGUAUGUAUUGUAGGACCUUUCGGCUGGGGAUCAUUUGUCAGCUUAUAGAGGUGCGUGGGUAGAUUCAUUUCGCGAGUUCUGUAACUUCUGUUUCGGCUUUUAUCUAGUGUUCAAUGUAUGUAUUGAAGGACCUUUCGGCUAGGAUCAUUUGUCAGCUCAUAGAGAUGCGUGGGUAGAUUCAUUUCGCUAGUUCUGUAACAUCUGUUUCGGCUUUUAUCAAGUGUUCAAUGUAUGUAUUGUAGGACCUUUCGGCUGGGGAUCAUUUGUCAGCUUAUAGAGGUGCGUGGGUAGAUUCAUUUCGCGAGUUCUGUAACUUCUGUUUCGGCUUUUAUCUAGUGUUCAAUGUAUGUAUUGAAGGACCUUUCGGCUAGGAUCAUUUGUCAGCUCAUAGAGAUGCGUGGGUAGAUUCAUUUCGCUAGUUCUGUAACAUCUGUUUCGGCUUUUAUCAAGUGUUCAAUGUAUGUAUUGUAGGACC